AUGAAUACAAGAAGGAACAAUGCAAGGAGGGCCGGUGAGGAGAAUGUGAAUGAGGCGGUUCCCCCUCAAGCCCCUCAAAACCCACAAGUUCCUAUUGAAGAAGGGGCUAUGUCUAAUGUAGAGAUAAGGUCGGCUAUUCAUAAUUUGACUCAAGUGUUGGCCACUCAAGUUGCUAGGGAUGCUAUGGUGCAAGUGAACCCAAAUGGUAGGACUACCGCUUCUAGGAUAAGGGAUUUCACAAGGAUAAAUCCCCCUACUUUCUUUGGCUGCAAAGUGGAAAAAGAUCCACAAGGGUUCAUUGAUGAAGUGUUUAAGGUUCUAGAGUCUAUGAGUGUGUCUUCUCAAGAAAAGGCGGAGUUAGCCAUCUAUCAACUCAAAGAUGUGUCACAAGUGCGGUCGGCUAUGCUAAUCCCAAGAAUGGACAUUUCUCGUCUUAUGGUUCAUGCUGAACAAAUUGAGAAGCAAAAACUUAAGCAAGUUGGUAGAGAAUUGAAGAGGUGA